AUGGCAAGCCCUCCCAGCCAGGAUCAGGAUGGCCGGAACGAGGACCCUCCGCCUACCCGGAGACCCAGAGCUCCUACCAUCACCAUCGACACUACGGCCGUGAGUCCAACCAGCGUGCCGCCGCCAGAUGCUGACGUUGGCCUGAGACCCAUCUCCAACUCGCCGAUAUCUCCCACCGACGACACUAUUAGUGCCGCGGAUCCAGGCCCAAGCACACACCAUCGGACAUCGUCCGGCCACAGAGCAGAGAUGCAACCCUCGAGAUCCUUUGACAGCAGGGACAGCCGGCCAACAAGUCCACACAAUGUGUCAAAUCCCUUCUCAUCACGCGGCAACGACCGCACUCAGGGAUUUCUAGCCGUCCCCAACACAAGGCCACGACAAGACUCGGUCACGACAGAUGACUCGCGCUCUGUCACAUCCUCUCAGGGCGACACAGUCUUCGGUGCGCUAUCGACGCAGGGAGAAAAGGGUGGCCAGUCAAUUAUCAGCGGCUCUUCUGACAACCAGCGCAUCAUGAACAACGAAAACGCGCUCAAGCCUGAUGUUGGCCGGGAGGACGAUUUCAAAGUCGACAACAACCCGUUUGCCUUUAGCCCAGGAAUGUUGAACAAGAUGUUCGAUCCAAAGAGCUUGGACGCCUUUUGGAAACUUGGCGGGCUGGGGGGUUUGGAAAAGGGACUGCGCACCGAUCGGAAGACGGGCCUGAGCGUUGAUGAGAUGGCUCUUCCUGGCCAGGUCUCCUUUCAAGAGGCAACUGCUCGGGCGCUCGGCAAGGCUGUGACCGAGGGUGUUGAGCCUAUUGCCCAGUCUCUGGCCCGCACCGGGAGCCAAGCUUCGCAGCCACGGACACCUUCGGAGCACGAGCUAUUUUCGUCAAGAAAACGCGUCUUCAAGGACAACAGACUCCCGGAAAAGAAGGGCAAGAGCUUGUUGCAGUUGAUGUGGAUCACAUACAACGACAAGAUAUUGAUCUUGCUUUCCGUUGCUGCCGUCGUUUCGCUCGCCGUUGGACUCUACCAAUUCUUCGGCACACAACACAGCGAAACAAAUCCCGGAGUCGAGUGGGUCGAGGGCGUGGCCAUUAUUGUGGCCAUUGUGAUUGUAGUUGUUGUCGGCUCUGUCAAUGACUACCAAAAGGAACGCCAAUUUGCCAAGCUCAACAAGAAGAAGGCGGACCGCAUAAUCAGGGCCGUCCGAUCUGGAAAGACGAUAGAAAUGUCGGUUUACGAUCUCCUGGUCGGGGAUGUCGUGCAUCUCGAGCCUGGCGACUUGAUUCCAGUGGACGGCGUGCUGAUCGAGGGCUUUAAUGUGAAAUGCGACGAAUCCCAGGCCACUGGUGAGUCUGACAUCAUCCGCAAGAGGCCCGCCGACGAGGUUUACGCAGCCAUCGAAAACAACGAGGAUCUCCGGAAAAUGGACCCCUUUAUUCAGUCCGGCGCCCGUGUCAUGGAGGGUGUUGGCACUUUCAUGGUCACCUCGACUGGCGUCUUCUCAAGCUAUGGCAAGACGUUGAUGGCUCUCAAUGAAGACCCCGAGAUCACACCUCUCCAGUCCAAGCUCAAUGUUAUCGCUGAAUACAUUGCCAAGCUCGGAGGUGCCGCCGCGCUGCUGCUAUUUAUCGUUCUGUUCAUCAAAUUCCUUGUUCAUCUCCCCAAGUCGAACGAGUCGCCUGCAGAAAAGGGUCAACAGUUUAUCACCAUCUUCAUCGUUGUCGUCACCAUUAUCGUCGUGGCUGUGCCUGAGGGUCUCCCUCUAGCCGUUACUCUUGCAUUGGCAUUUGCGACAACGCGCAUGUUGAAAGACAACAACUUGGUUCGGCACUUGAAAGCCUGUGAAGUCAUGGGCAACGCAACAACCAUUUGCUCUGACAAGACGGGCACCUUGACCCAGAACAAGAUGCAGGUUGUGGCUGGAACUGUCGGCACAAGCCACAGGUUCGGCUCGGCCACUGCAACUGGGGAGCAGAGCCCCGAAGGCCCGGCAGAAAAGGGCGUUGGAAUACAAGAGCUCGCGGCCAGUCUUAACCCGGAGGUCAAGGACCUACUUCUGAAAUCCAUCGCACUCAACUCUACCGCAUUCGAAGGCGAUGUUGACGGGGUCAACACCUUCAUUGGGUCCAAAACCGAAACUGCUCUUCUUAUCCUCGCCAAAGAGCAUCUGGCCAUGGGCCCGGUCGGCGAAUUGCGAGCCAACGCCAAGGUGCUUCACCUCAUUCCUUUCGACUCGGGACGCAAGUGCAUGGGUAUAGUUGUUCAACUUGAGAAUGGCAAGGCCCGACUCUACGUCAAGGGAGCCUCGGAGAUCGUUCUCGAGAAGUGCACGCAGGUCCUCCGCGAUCCUUCCUCUGGCCUGACCUCUGCACCAUUCACCGACGACAAUCGCGAAACCAUUACCCGGCUCAUUGAGACAUAUGCGCGGGCCUCGCUCCGGACGAUUGGCAUCACCUAUCGCGAUUUUGACAAGUGGCCGCCAAGAGCUGUCCGUCGAGGUGAUGGCGAGAAGGAUGAUAUUGUGUUUGAGGAUAUUUGCAGAAACAUGGUCUUCGUCGGCAUGGUUGGCAUCAAGGACCCGCUGCGUCCUGGAGUCCUCGAGGCGGUUAGAGACUGCCAGCGGGCCGGUGUCGUUGUGCGCAUGGUCACCGGAGACAACAAGCUGACGGCCGAGGCGAUCGCUCACGACUGCGGCAUUCUCCAGCCCAACAGUGUGAUCCUCGAGGGACCCGUAUUCCGAAACAUGACCAGGGCUCAGCAAGACGAAAUCAUCCCGCGACUUCACGUGUUGGCACGGUCCAGCCCCGAUGACAAACGCAUCUUGGUAAAGCGUUUGAAAGAAAAGGGCGAAACGGUUGCCGUCACGGGAGAUGGCACCAACGAUGCUCCCGCCUUGAAGAUGGCUGAUAUUGGUUUCUCAAUGGGCAUAGCCGGCACAGAGGUGGCCAAAGAAGCAUCAGCGAUCAUCCUCAUGGACGACAACUUCGCCUCAAUCGUGAAGGCGCUCAAGUGGGGACGUGCAGUCAACGACGCUGUCAAGCGUUUCCUCCAAUUCCAGCUCACCGUCAAUAUCACAGCCGUCAUCCUGACCUUCGUGUCAGCCGUGUCCAACGACAAUGAAGAAUCCGUCCUGACGGCUGUCCAACUUCUGUGGGUCAACCUCAUCAUGGACACGCUCGCAGCAUUGGCUUUGGCGACGGACCCUCCUCAGGCAAGCGUGCUUGACCGCAAGCCGGAGCGUAAGGGUUCCUCAAUCAUCACCACCACCAUGUGGAAGAUGAUUAUCGGCCAAGCGAUCUACCAACUCCUGAUUACGUUCCUGUUGUAUUUUGGCUCCGUGGAAAUCCUCCCGGUCUACGACCCUUCGAUUACGCGCGAAGAUGUAAACACACUGGUUUUCAACACCUUUGUCUGGAUGCAAAUCUUCAACCAGUGGAACAACCGGCGGCUUGACAACCACUUCAACAUUUUUGAAGGCUUGACCAAGAACCCGUUUUUUAUUGCCAUCUCCUCCAUUAUGUGUGGCGGCCAGGUUCUCAUCAUCAUGGUUGGCGGAGCAGCCUUCAGGAUUUCUCCAAACAAGCAGUCUCCGGCGAUGUGGGCAUAUGCCAUCAUCCUCGGUCUUCUCUCGAUACCGGUUGGGAUCAUCGUCCGUCUCAUUCCCGAUGCGUUGCUUGAGCGACUCAUUCCGGACUAUCUCAAGCGGAGCAGCCGCAGCGAUGUUCCUGGCCUGGCGAUUUCAGAUGACCAAGAGCGCUAUACUUAUUACCCAACGGCUUUAGUUGACGUUAGGCAGGAGUUGGCCUUUAUCAAACGGAUCAAGGGGGGUCGCCUCAACAACCUCAAGUUCCGUAUGCAAGAUGUUCUGUUGCCCAAGAAGAGCCCCUCGCACAGCCGAGAGCACUCUCGGGCAAACUCGAUUCACGGCGGCUUGCCGCCUUCGACUCCGACUCGCGAAGACAGCUUCGGCAGUCAUUCUCCGGCGCCAACCCCGGACUCGAGACGGCGCAGCAGGAGCAUGCGCUCGAGAUCAAACAGCGGUCUCGGCGCGGCUACUGUGAUGACGGGCAUCGUGGCCGGCAGUAUUGCUGCUGGGUGGUCGCCGAUUGAUCGACGCGGCGAGCCUGAUUUUGGGCAGUUCCCUAGACCGUCACCGACUGGCCCAAGCUCGCAGGGCUCGCAGUCCGAGUCGCAACCGUCGCAACAAACCGUCAGCCAGUCAUCUGCCUUCAGCGAGCAAGAGUUGACAGAGGAGCCUGAGGAUUUGUCGGAGCCGGGCCUAAGUCGCAGCCUCGACGUCCCUGUCCACGGCGUUCCCAAAGCGUCCUCAUCAGAGCGCAAAUCAACAGUCUGA